CUCAAUUACCCAUGAUUCUUGGAGAGCGCCUUCAAAUAUGGCGACUUCCUGCGAUACGGUGGUGAAUGUUGUUAUUCAGCCUCUUCGGGAGUCUUUAAACACAUUAGGUUUUGAAGUUUAUCCUUUAAAGAUAGGAUGGUACAACGCAGUUGUUUCUCAGGCCCAUCAGCUUCAGUAUUCAGCGGAUACUCUGGCACUGGUGGUCCUGAGCACGCCGUCCAUGUUUGAGAAAGUGUUUCUGCCUUUCCUGCAGAAGGGCUGCUGUGGAGGUGUCAGCGAUCCGAUAGAUAAGUGUAUAGCCCAGACCAUCAAAUCCUGCGUCUCUGAGUGUCUUCCUGACCAGAGUGUAGAUAUCACUUUUGACUAUGAGAUGCUGCCCAGCAGAAAGCCCAAGUUUCUGGCUCAGUCUGCGGCUCAUGUAGCAGGAGCAGCAUACUACUACAAGCCAUCAGACAUUCAGGAUCCACCAUGGGGGAGCAAGAUGUUCGGAGUGUGUAUCCAUCCUCGGCUGGGGGGCUGGUUCGCUAUCCGGGCUUUGCUGGUGCUGAAGGGUGUAGAAGUGGGUAAAGCACUACAGCAGGUAGCUCCCCCUAACUGUGUUAGCUCACGGGAGGCCAGGAUAGAGCUUCUGGAGAGGUUUAACCUGUGCUGGCAUGACUGGACCUACAGAGAUAUCAUACCCACAGAGGAGUGCUACUCCACUAAACAAAGAGAGUAUUUCAUUACUCCUCCAGCCAAGCGGGGGGAGCUGCUGAGGCGCUGGGGCUUUCUACCUGAAGCAGAGACUGAGACACAGACCUCAACCAGCAAAUAAGGAUGGCUUUGACCUGGCAGCAUCUCAAAUCAGUAGAUUUGUCUCAAAACCAAAAUCCACACUGACGACCUGUUAUAGAUUAUUAGCUAAGGUGAAGGCACAAGGUAUUGAGCCAACAUGAAUGUUCUCUUCAGUUAAGUUGCACUGCAGGGUUGUAGUCUUUUGUGCUCUACAUUUUGUAACCUCAUAUUUAAGAGAGAUUUACUGUUGAUUUGAUGAUUGUCAGUAAUACAUUGGUACCGAGUAUGGAUUUAUGAACCUCUGGAUUCAUUACACAAGUUUUGAUGUAUCAUAUUAUUGACUUUAUUUUACUAACAACAUCAGUCACACAUUAAAACGAAACAUACAGUAA